GUCAGACCUCUCCAGCUAUUACUAUUAUUCCUCUUUCCCAUGAGCUGCUAGCAGCUAGAUAGCUUUGCAUUGCAUUGCUUCAGCUGUCUUAUUAUCUUAUCCUCAUAAAUUCGACGUGGAAAAUAAAAAGCUGCGCAUCGAACUCGAAUGAUACUAUCGCCAUUACAAACGAACCAUUCGCAUAACUAGCUACGAUGCGAUUAGCCGGCGUAAUUAUCGCCGCAGCUCUACCAGUCGCCCUUGCUGCUCAACAAAGAGUUUUGGCCCACAAGACAAGCAUGAAGAUUGAGGAUGCGCCUGGAUCGAUGGCUUCUACGCCCGUUAUGGUCAACUCUACAGACUCACUUGCGCGGCCACCGAAACCGUUAACGACUGUCGCUGCAGAGAAGCCGGCAUUAGAAGCUUCUGUAAUGGGUCUGAUCGUCUUUUCGGCUGCCGGACUGUAUCUAUUAUGAGUUGGGAAGGACUAUCGACUAUUGUUGCAUUUUCACCGGCGUUGGCGGUCUGGCGGACGAAAUCAUGAAUGUCGUGGGGGGCAUGAUCGGGCAUGAUUUAGCAUUGUUUCAGAGGCUUGACGGCGUUCUGGCUGAGGUCUUGGCAUUUUGCAUUUGGAUAUACCCAUCGGAUGGCUGCAUUUGCUUUCAAUGCUUUCAAUACCACCGCCAUCAAUCCUUUCGGAUCUAAUCAAAUCCGA